CUAUGAAACGUCAUUUCCCCUAUCUAGCAAUUGAAGAUGGCUGCCGUUGUAGAAAGAGUCGAGGGAGGUUUUGGAGCCCUGGAUUGCGACUCGGCGUUACCGAGAUUGUCUACACCACCACCGGAUCAACUACAUCAGAACAACCCGCUCUUAGGACUUCCCAUUGUGGCGAUUGAGACUAUUCUCAAUUUCCUGUCUUACGACGAAAUCAGCCUGCUACGCUUGGUAUGCAAGCGCAUGGACAUGAUCAAUCAGCGCAUGCUGAACCAAGGCUUCCUCAAGGUGGAGCGUUACCACAGCCUGUGCCAGAGGCAGGUCAAAGCCCAGCUUCCAAGGCGGGAGUCGGAGCGGAGGAACCACUCACUGGCCCGUCACGCUGACAUCCUGGCUGCUGUAGAAACGCGUCUCUCGCUACUCAACAUGACCUUCAUGAAAUAUGUGGACUCCAGUCUUUGCUGCUUCAUCCCUGGCAAGGUGAUUGAUGAGAUCUACCGUGUGCUGCGCUAUGUGAACUCUACACGUGCGCCCCAGCGGGCUCAUGAGGUGCUGCAAGAGCUACGGGACAUCUCUUCCAUGGCCAUGGAGUACUUUGAUGAGAAGAUCGUCCCCAUCCUGAAAAAAAGGCUUCCCGGGGCUGACCUGUCAGGGCGCCUCAUCGGAUCUGCCCCAGUGGCCGGCCCCUCCACCUCCCUGACCACCAUGUCCCUGCUGGCCAAGAACACGCCGUCACGCUCUGAGAUGACCAAGGUGCAGCAGCAGGUAAAGGUGAACGGGGCGUCCAUGACGGUGCUGCGGCGGGAGAAUCAGGAGGUGCGCGUCAAGCAGCUGGAGCAGCAAAAGCAGCUGCAGGACCAGGAGCAGAAGUUGCUGGAGCAGACUCAGGUUAUCGGGGAGCAGAACGCCCGGCUGGCUGAGCUGGAGCACAAGCUCAGGGAACUGAUGGACAGUGCGGUGGGGGGAGGUGCCAGGCCGGCCGUAGCCACCUCCACCACAGCAGCUUCUUCCACGACGGGCUCUUCUGCUGUCGCCACGACGUCUUCUGCUGAUGUCGCCACGGCAACCAGUGCGGUGGGUAGCCCGCCCUUGAAACGCACCAGGAAGAGCUCAGACCUCCCGCGCCAGUCCAAACGCCUGCGCAGCAAGAAAUAGGACACAAUGUUUUUUGUUUUUGCCUGAUUGCACAUCCCACCAUGUCCUGUGACAUUUAUUUUAAUUAUCAUUGUUUGGAAUGUCUUUAGGAGAGGGGGGGGUCAUGGUAAAGGAGACCGGAGUUGCUCUGUUUCCCUUGCGUUGAAUCCCUUUGUCAUAUCCUUUUCAAAUUCCUGCAGAAACUACACCAUGGACAUGUUUAUGCUGAUUUGGCCAGCAUAUUUGGGCAAGAGUGCCAGUAGUCUCCACAGUUUAACCACUGACUCUUAAAGCCACUAAGAAUUUGCACACUAGUUGACAAGGUUAAGGUUAGUUUGAAAAGUCAAACACCAAUUUUGGUGUUCACUCUUUCUUGUCCAUCAACAAAAGUCAAUCCACAUUAGGUUGUUGGCUCCUAGUUGGGAGAGAGUCUUUGCAGUGAGGCAAGAAGUAAUGAGAGCUUUCUAAUAUGUAUCGCUUAACUACUGAAAAGGUUGACUUUGGUUGGUUAGAAAUGCAUUUGAAAUAUUGGCUAGACGAGACCAUUCAGGAUAAAGGAUGUUUAAAUUCUGCCUCUCAGACAAUUUUGUUCUUAUUGAUGCAAAUGUCAUUUCUUAUUGUGUUGUUCUCUGUUGGCCAGGUGGGAUUGCUUGAAAAAUAUCCUUGAGCAAUAUUCUUCAUUUUCUGAGACGGGCUAAAUUUAAAGUAUUUGAUUCCUGCAUCGAGAGGGUUAUAUCCCAAAUGUGGCGCAGUAAAAUUAAAGGAAGUUAGUCUCUAUUUUGAAAGAAAAUGGACAUUUGCAUAUUUUAGCCAGGUCCUGGGAGAUCACACAUCUUCAUGAAAAGGACAGUUUGAGGGUUCCUGUUGUAAUGAACACUGUUCAGCUAGCAUUAGUGAAAUGACACACUUGAUUUUAAAUGCAUUUCUGUGUUCCACAUGAAGAUGCAGUCUGGCACUCCAUGUUGCGUUGAAGACAGGCAGGCUAGUGUGGCUAUUUAUCAUGUAGCCGAGGGCACAUCUAAAGCCAUGGUGCCUGGGAAAUUAAGGGAGUCUUGACAUCGGACAACUAUAGGAUCCCACUAGACGUAUAGUUUUCAGAGAUCAAUCAUUUCUGAAAAUAGUUCUCGGACACCAUGAAAUCUUCCUUCAGGGCUAGAGUAUUUCUGCUCCCCCGUUAUCUGUAUUUUUUGCGAAUGCCUGUCAUUGAUCAAAUACUAGUCUGUAAAAUGGGAUUUAUAUGCAGUCAAGUAUCUGCUGUCUUUGGGGGAAAUUAAUCAAAGCUUUAUCGAAGAGGUAGAAAAGACCCUCUGUAUUGAUUGACCAGACUGGUGAUUCUGAGGUCGAAGGUAAAUUUGCCACUUAGAAAAUGUCUCCACUCCAGUGUAUUUAGUCAGUUGUCAUCUAGACCUACUGAUCUUAUUGUUAUGGUGUCUUUGUACACAAAGUUCCCAUGUAACAUGAAGUUCAUCUGUUCAAGAAAUAUUCAGAUUUGCCAAAUGACUGUUGUACAACUACAGUAGUCUGUCUACCAAUGUAAGACCUACUGAAGAUGCAUUGUGGAAGGAGUUCAACUAAAAGUGACAAGGUUUUUAAGUCUUAGUAUUCUCCCUGAUUGCUAUAAACUCUUGCACAAUAGCACCUUUCCAAUUUCAAGAUCUCAGCACACAGUUCUCUUUUCAGCUUGAGCCCAAAAUGCGGCUGGAAACGUAAGAAUGACCUCAACUACUUGUGGCAUGAAAUCUCUGUGUAGCAUACUGGGAAACGCAGUUCACAACAGUGGACUCAAGCGUGUAUUCUAAACGGACUGGGCAGGAAAUAAUUAUCUAUUGGCUUAAUUUGAGACAGCGUCUCAGUUUAGAAAUGAGUGUUCUAUAAACUUCAUGUACUUAAAAGUGUAGAUUGUGGAUUAUAAUGUAUGUAUAAGAGUGUAAAUUGGCCAAACUGUAUGGGUUGCACACUUUACCGUUACAAGUACAAAUGACGCAUUAAAAGAUAACAUAUUGGUGUGUGUGUUUGAGUAGUUUUGCAUAACAUUUUUAUUUUUACUGUAAAAUGUGCCGAUACGUGACAAAGCCUGAUCCAUAUGAGGAACAUGUGACCUAUUCCUCCAGUAUGGUUCCUCCUAUCCAAAACCUUUUUAUAAAAGGUAGCUGUAGUAUGAGAUCUAGUAUCAGGCCUUUUACUUGAUGUAUUGGUCUGGCUUGUUUCCAUUCCACAUCUGAUCAGAUAUUAUCUACAGGUACUAAACUCUUACCUGGGUAGUCCUCCAUCAUAUAUGCUCUGUAAAUGAGUUAGAACCCCACACACAAGCACGCUGCAACACGUGCAACUCAAGUCAUUACUGUACCCUCCUUCCCAACAGUGACUCAUCCGAACUUCAGAACAGUUUCAUCAAUAGAAAAGACUGCAUGAAAGGAGAUGUCUGUCCUGCUGUGGGUAUGAUUGAGGAACAAUUUCACAAAACUUGAAAGGCCUUGGCUGAUUAUGUAUUUAUUGUUUAACAGAAUAGCUUUCAUAAUACAUACUUUGUAUUAGAAUGCCAAUGUUUAUGCUUUUUACUGUAGCUGAUCAGUGGAUUGUUUCAAGAGGACAUGGUCUUCUGCACUUUGCUAUUUUAAACUCUGCUGUGCAACUACUAUAAAGCCUGGUGUAACAGCGACAUAGAUUAAUUUACAUGCCAGAGCAAGUUCCUGUUACAGAAUUCGAAGGAAUUUACAUUGCGAUAAGAAACGGUGCUGUGUGUUGGUUUAGCAACCCUGUAGGUAUUUGCUUACCGGUCUCUUAAUUAUAUUUGGUCACAUGUAUCCUCCGUUUCCUUUUGGAUAAAACAGGAAAUGUUGCUUCCACACUGCAAAAGUGAGUCCUUCGAUGGCAGACUGGAUUACGUCCGGAAGAAAAACAUGAUCAUUAAGAACAGCAGCUAGAAACUGCAGUGCAUAUAUUUGUUUUUAUGUUCACUUGUGUGAUGCAUGCUGUGAGCAUUUUGUGAAUUCGUCAUUCUGUAUUUACUUGCGCUAAGUUUAAACAUUUGUAUCGACCACUAUUCAAUUGUUGUAAUAAAAAAAAAUGCUAUUGCCA